UCCUCCUGUCACUGAUUCGGUGCUGGAGCCCGGGGUGUCUGAGCUCCCCCUGCCCAGUCCCCCUCCAGCAGCGGCGACGGCUCCGGCGCUGUCAGUGCGCACACAUCAGCCGGGGCUCCGGGCACAGGCACUUACUUACACGGCCAGAUCCAGCCCGUGGCUCCGGCGGAGCCAGUGCCUCGCAGCAGCAGCAGAUAUAAUGAUGGCCCUGAAAGAUAAGCUCCUGUUUAGCUUCCUGUGCUAUGUGGCCUGUACCCUUGUGUAUGGCUACCCCACCGAUCCUGGGACUGAGUUCCGCUCUGCUUUCUCUGUGGCUAGAACCAGCAGCAUGGAAGGGAGCGCUGAGAUGGUCAUCACCUUUGACAAGGUCUAUGUGAACAUUGGCAGUGACUUUGAUCCCAAGGCUGGGUUGUUUAGGUGUCGGAUCCCUGGGGCCUAUUACUUCUCCUUCACGGUUGGGAAAUACCCCAAGAAAAACUUGUCUGUUAUGCUGAUGAGAAACAAGAAUGAAGUGCAAGUGAUUGUGUAUGAUGAGCAUCACCGUAAGGAGCGGAAACUGGCUAGCCAGAGUGCCAUGCUUCAGCUGGACUAUGGAGAUACAGUCUGGCUGCGUUUACAUGGGGACCCCAAGUAUGCGCUCUACAGCAAUGCAGGCCCAUACACAACUUUCAAUGGGUAUCUUAUCUAUCCAGAUACCUCUGCCUACUUCCAAAAUGGUGUGGUCUCUCAGGAGCUGGGGGGAGCUGCAGGGCUGCCCCAUCCAGCUAUUCAUCAGCUUUCAGGAGAACAGAAUGAAGCUUCAGAGGGACACAUGUUGUCCGAUCAGCCAGCCAGAGAACUAGAUCCUCGCUCUGCAUUUUCUGUUGCUCGCUCACAAAGCCUCCUGGGAACAGAUGAGAAGCAAACCCAGCAUGAGCCAAUCACAUUUGACAUAGAGUUUGUGAACAUUGGAAGGGAUUUCAAUUCCUCAAGGGGCAUCUUCUUAUGCCGCGUGCCAGGUGCAUAUUACUUCUCCUUCACCAUUGGUAAAAUGCCUUUUAAGACCAUGUCAGUGAAACUUAUGAAAAACCACAAUGAGGUUCAGGCCAUGAUCUAUGAUGACAACCACUCCAAGAGGCGGGAGAUGCAGAGCCAGAGCAUUAUGUUACCUCUGCACUAUGGAGACACUGUCUGGCUCUACAGCCACCAGCAUGAUGGCUACGGUGCCUACAGCAACCAUGGCAAGUACAUCACCUUCACGGGGUUCCUUAUCUAUCCAGAGGCUCAGCCAAAGCCACCCCCAAGUCCCAGUUCCCCCACGAGGUCAAAAAUCUAAAUGCAGGUGUGAAAGGAGCAUAAGAGAAGCCAAGAUGCAGUGGACUUGGGUGCAGGUCCUGGUUGGAUGUCACCCUCUACAAUGUUAAAGAGCAUGCUAAUGUAUAUCCAGUGCUUUCCUUAUGCUGCAUACUCAUGUCCUGGCUGCAGGGCCAUUGCUGUUUCUGUCUUUUAUCUGUAGAAUGAUCUUUGCAGGGGGUAGUGUGUGUCCAGUGUUACUGUUCAAUUUAAGCAUAAAGCAUAAGGUAGUUUGGGAGCAUGAGCAGUGAAAUGAGGUGUUGUGAUUCAGGGAGCCACUGCCGAAAUGCUGGGAGACCUACUGAAGACAACCCCACCAAGAAGGCACAGCACCUGGUGACAUUCCUUGCACAUACAAGGGAGGCUGGGGGAGGGAAAAUGUAAUUGAAAUUAAUUUAAUAAAAGUAAAAAAAUAAAAUGUGCAGGGUUUGCAGAGACACACAUUGUUUCACAAGAUGCUGGACUUAUGUGUAUGAUUCUGGACAGGAGACACUGUGUCAGCCUGUGACACUGAUUCUGGACAGGAGAGAGGCUCUGAUAAUGUGUGAACUAUUGUAUGUGUUUGUGUUGUGAAGACUGUUAAACAGAGUUAGAUUGUAUGUCA